UGAAAUUACCUUACUAAAUAAUCUUCCAUAAAGCUGCAAUUAUAGUUUUGACCCAGUGACUAUGUAGGAAUGUGCUAGAAGUGUUCCUUAUUUUCCUUAGUGAUGACACAAACUCUGUGUGGGGGACUCCUACAGUAAAGUUUUGAUGUUUUGAUUGCCAGACUCCAUGGUCUCAACAGAACCAUCUCCAGACUCAGGAUAAUAUUAUGCAUCGUGUUUCCUUGCUUCAGGGUCCUUUUGUGCUGCAGCCCACGUGUGCUGUAAUGGCAAGCCUGUUGUUGGGUGGGGGAUCACAUUUUGUGGAUUUCUCUGGAAGUUCUUCCUAAGCCUGUGAAGCAGCAUCUCUAUAGGUCCCCUGGAGUCCCUUCACUGUGACCAUGCUGCAGAGUUUACCUUUAAGGAGCGAGGCUUUCAGACCUGCAGUGCUCUUCAGACUGAGACCCUGAGAGGCUGGAGCUGGAAACUGAGGGAUUUCAUUGGAGAGCGAGGGCUGGUGCCUCUGUACUCUCAGCUGGGCCCUUUCUUGUGGGCACUUAUCCUGAAAAAAUGUUCCUGCCAAGGGCCUUGGAACAAACAGAAAAAAAUACUCGAGUUUCAAAAGGAGUAAAUUCCCUGUUUAGGUACAAGGUAUCCAAGGCAGCAGAAAACAGUAAAUACAGUGAGUUACCUCAACAAUUUGGGCUCAUUAACUGUUUCUCUACAGCUGCAGUAAAGUUUGGUUUUUCUGAGGCUUAAAUGUUUCAUGUUUUCCCCUUGUCAGAAAUGAAGCAGCAUUAGUUAAUUACCUGUUUAUAUGUGCCUCUGUUCCUGGAAACAUCCUGUAAACUUGUUCUGGGAUAGUGAAUUUCCCUGGGUUCUUGGAGAUUACAAUGAACCAUAUUAAAGGUGGUAAUGCAAUUGAUUGGGUGUAGCCAUGUUCUGCUGUUUUUGUUUCUUGUGCCAGAAGAUGUCCUCUGGGAGUUGUUUAGCCCCGAGAAAAGGAGGCUGAGGGGAGACUUUAUUGCUUUCUCCAACUUCUUGAAAUUAGGCUGUAGCCAGGGGGGCGUUGGUCUCUUCUCCCAAAUAAGUGAUGGGACAAGAGGAAGUGGCCACAAGUUUGCCAGUAGAGGUUUAGAUUGGAUACUAGGAAAAAUUUGUUCACUGGAAGGGUUGUUCUCUAUUGGAACAGGCUGCCCAGGGAAGUGGAGGAGCCACAGUCCCUGCAGGUAUUUAAAAGAUGUAUGGAUGUGGCAGCUAGGGACAUGGUUUAGUGGUGGACUUGGCAGUGCUGGGUUAAGGCUUGGACUCAGUCUUGGGGUUCUUUUCCAACCUCAGUGAUUCUGUAUGGAUCCUAACAGAUUUUUUUUUUCUUUGUUGCAGCUGCUGUUCAACCUAAGCUCUUUACCCACAUUUGACCCACACUCAUAGUGUUCUCACUGUGAAGUUCUUAAAAAAGCAUCAUGCACCCAGAUGCUGGCUGGCUGUGAUUUGCUUUCCUUGGUGCUGGUGGGAGCGAGUGCAGUUCUGUGCUCAGCUGGCCUCUGUGUGCCUGGAGGAGAACUUCAUUCCUUAGGGAUUUUGUGCUGACAAAAAGCCCAAUGUGAUCCUUUGAGUAUCCCAAGCUGUUUUCAUCUGAGAGGAGAACUUGAGCCAUUGUCUUAUGCUGGUACUGCAAUGCUGAGUUCUAGCUCAACUGCUGUGAAGAAUCUUCCUCUGAAGAGGAGGCUCUGUUUUCUGCUGAAACUUUUGUGCUUUGUCAGCUCAGUGUUAAUAUUUUGUGAAUUUUUAAUUUACUAUGUGGUGAUAUUUCAAUGCCGAUGGCCAAGUGUGAAAGGUGGAGCUCACAUGGCUGAAAAAGAAACUUCAGUCCUAAAGGCCAUCAUUUUAGCUGAUACACACCUACUUGGUGAAAUCAAAGGACAUUGGCUGGAUAAGCUAAGAAGGGAAUGGCAAAUGGAGAGAUCUUUCCAAACUGCCUUAUGGUUACUGCAGCCAGAUAUUGUUUUUAUUCUGGGAGAUGUUUUUGAUGAAGGAAAAUGGAGCUCACCUCAGGCCUGGGCAGAUGAUGUCAGGAGGUUCCAGAAGAUGUUCAGGCAUUCCAUUUUUACGGAGCUGGUGGCCAUUGCUGGCAAUCACGACAUCGGAUUUCAUUACGAAAUGACUCCUUACAAGGUAAAUCGAUUUGAAAAGGUUUUCAACUUUACUUCAGGAAAGCUGAUAACUCGGAAAGGAAUAAACUUUGUCCUAGUGAACAGUGUAGCCAUGGAAGGUGAUGGCUGUGCUGUCUGCCGUACCUCAGAGGCAAAACUUGUGGCACUUUCUCACAAACUGAAUUGCUCCCAGCAGAAACCAAAUCACUCCAACAAAAGAUGCAGUGAUGUGGAAAAGCUUCCAGCUUCAGAACCCAUCCUUUUACAGCAUUAUCCUCUCUAUCGGAAAAGUGAUGCUGAAUGCACUGGACAAGAUUCUGCUCCUCCAGAGGAGAAAAACAUCCCCUUUAAAGAGAAGUAUGAUGUGCUGUCUCAAGAGGCAUCACAAAAGCUGCUAUGGUGGUUUCAGCCCCGUUUGAUUCUCAGUGGGCACACUCAUAGUGCUUGUGAAGUGCUGCAUGCAGGGAAAAUUCCAGAAAUCAGUGUCCCAUCAUUCAGUUGGAGGAAUAGAAACAAUCCUAGUUUCAUCAUGGGCAGCAUAACACCAACUGACUUCUCCCUCCAAAAAUGCUUCCUUCCAUUUGAGAGCAGAGUCUUCACUAUCUACUGUGCAGCAGGUGCUCUGCUUGUGAUCCUGGUACUAGCUCAUGUUCAGCUUCUCACUCCACCGUUUUAUUUUGCUCAGCGUUUAAUCAGUAAGCAUAAAGCAGUAUGAAGAGCCAGACAUCUGCAUUCAGUCACUGAAAUACCAAAGCUGAGAACAGUCAAACAUCAGACUAUAUUCAUGCCAGCAAAUGACCUAAUUUGAUUGCUAGUCUGAAGGCAGGUUGCAUUUACACAUACCAUAGAAGUCCUAUACAGCUGAUAUGACUACUACAGGAUAAAUAAUUAACUGAAAUGAACGUUUCAUGCUGUACAAAAAUACUGUAUUCGACAAUCAAAUGAGUCCUUUUCCUGCUAUAAUUUUUGUAUCAAAUAUGUAUAUUAAAAGUGUAACUGUACAUUAUGUAAAUCCUAUAGCCUCAUCA